CUAAACGCAUUGCGGGACACUAGAUUCCUAAAACACGAGGAUGAGUUACAUUUAAGGAAAAGACCAAUGAUGGUGUUUAGAAGUCGGUGAUGUUGCCCACGACACGCUGCUGAACCAGAAGUGGUAAACCCGUCCUCUGCAUCGUUAUCAGCUAAACAAAUGCAGUUGUUCGAGCACUUGGAUUAAAUAUCGUUUUAAUCCGCACAUAUUUAUUUUGACAAACUCUCCAUUGAAUCUUCGAUGGCACCACGCCCAACAUCACUCCUGCUCAGCUGUUUCAAUAAUGAAGGAUGGCGAGGUUUAGGUUGAAAACUUGCAUUGCUUCAAUCGCUUUAGUGCUGUUUGUACUCAUCGUAACCCUUAUUUUAAAGUCUCUCACUACAGAGGAUUCGUCUUUCCAAAGCCCAGGAGAUGUUAGGGUAAUUCCAGACAAAAAGAAUGAUCCACAGAGCCAGAGAAACUAUCAGAAAACACCAGAAGACACCGAUAUGAAUGAGUCAGAUAGGAAUUCAGAGCUGGAAGCUGCACUGAGGAAGUAUCCUCCUCCAAACUACUAUCUCCAUACUUUUUAUUACGUCUGGUAUGGGAACCCUAAGUUUGAUGGAAAAUACGUCCACUGGGACCAUCCACAGCUGCCACACUGGGAUGCUGAAGUAGCUCGGGGAUAUCCACAAGGAAGGCAUGUCCCUCCUGAUGACAUUGGGUCCAACUUUUACCCAUCUUUAGGGCCCUACAGUUCCAGGGACACUUCUGUAAUGGAGGCUCAUAUGCAACAGCUGCGUACAGCAGCCAUCGGUGUGAUCGCUGUUUCCUGGUAUCCCCCCUCGACAAACGAUGACAACGGUGAGCCGGUAGACGAGCUAGUGCCUGCACUGUUGGAGGUGGCACAGAAAUACCGCAUUAAGGUUGUUUUCCACAUUGAGCCAUACAAAGGAAGAGAUGAAGUCAACAUGUUCACUAAUGUCAAAUACAUAAUUGAGAAAUACGGAGAGCACCCGGCAUUUUUUAAGUAUCAAACAAACUCUGGCAAACUCCUUCCACUCUUUUAUGUUUACGACUCAUACUUGAUGAACUCUGAGCAAUGGGCCAAGCUGCUGAAACACACAGAGCACAACAGCAUCAGGGAUACUCCAUAUGACGCCAUCUUCAUCGCUCUGCUGGUUGAGGAGAAACAUAAGAUGGAGAUCCUGACUGCGGGCUUUGAUGGCAUCUACACCUACUUCGCCACUAACGGGUUUUCCUACGGCUCUACUCAGAAGAACUGGGCCUCUGUUAAAUCCUUCUGCGAAGACAACAACCUGAUUUUCAUUCCAAGCGUGGGUCCGGGCUAUAUUGACACAAGCAUUCGACCGUGGAACUUCCGGAAUACGAGAAACCGAAUCAGUGGCAAAUACUACGAAACAUCGCUAAGUGCGGCGUUGGAGACCAGGCCCGACUUCAUCUCUAUAACGUCUUUUAAUGAGUGGCAUGAGGGGACUCAGAUUGAAACAGCAGUCCCUAAAAGAAGCCAUAUGGUGUACUUGGACUACCUACCCAAUAAGCCAACUAUCUACCUUGACAUAACUCGCAAAUGGGCCGCCAUAUUUGGUGGCGAGCGACAAAGAUGGCCAGACUGAUGAUACCAAAUCACUGAUGGAGCGCGAUAGCAAAAAACACAAAGUGGUGAUUUAUUGAUUGAGAAAUGACUACUUAUUUGAAUUUUGGCUGCUGUAUCUUGCACUGAAUUAACUGCUUUUAAUCACUUCUUAUGUUUAGUCAUUCACAAAUAAGCUGCAUGAUUUGUUCCUCCAAACCCAGCUGAAAGCGAAGGCUGUUUUUGCCUUCUGUGGUCCAAAAUCAUCGUUGAACAGGAAAUAGGUACGCAAAACAGUGUGGUGGUAAAAAGCUGUUGCUUCACUUCUUUCAAAGCCGUGCCGGAGUAAAAGGUUACCACGAGUCGUAAACAAACAGCAGUUUUUAUCCUGAAGUACCGGAUGGCAAAUAAUUUCCUUUAGUGUGUUCACCUUCAUGUUGAUGGUUUCUGGCUGUGGUAUGUGUCCUGGCGUAGGUGUCUGAACGAAUCACUUGAAUAAAUUCUCUGGUUAGAUACAGAAACUGCAUAUCA